AUGGAAGCUUUUAACCCUUCUAUGGCGUUACCCUUCUCCUACACUUUCACUAGUGGUAGCAGCACCGGUUCUAAUACCGGCCACUUCGCCAUAACCAGUCUCUGGAUGGACGCCAGGAUUUGGAGUAAGCUUCCGCAGAGGCUACUCGAUCGCGUGCUCGCUUUUCUUCCACCACCGGCGUUCUUUAGAACCCGUGCCGUGUGUAAAAGAUGGUAUGGGCUCUUGUUUUCCAAUAGCUUUCUUGAACUUUACAUCCAGGUUUCACCUCAGCACAACUGGUUCCUUUUCUUCAAACACAAAACCGCCAAGAGCUUCUUCUACAGAAGCAAUACAAAUGGCGGUGGCAAUGGUGAUGACAAUAGAGCCACUACUCUUGAAGGGUAUCUCUUUGAUCCACAUGAGAUUGCGUGGUAUAGAGUUUCUUUUGCCUUUCUCCCUUCCGGGUUCUCUCCAGCGUGCUCUUCUGGAGGACUCCUUUGUUGGGUUUCCGACGAGGCCGGUGCCAAAAGUCUCAUUCUUUGCAACCCACUCACCGGUUCGCUCAGCCAGUUGCCUCCCACGUUAAGGCCACGUCUCUUCCCUUCAAUUGGGGUGAAAGUUAGCCGGACUUCCAUUGAUGUGGCGGUUGCGGGAGACGACUUGAUCUCUCCGUAUGCAGUAAAGAACUUGUCCACCGAAAGCUUUCACAUCGACGCAGGCGGGUUUUACUCUCUCUGGGGAACCACUUCGUCUCUUCCACGCCUCUGUAACCUCGAAUCCGGCCGCAUGGUUCAUGUUAAUGGAAAAUUUUACUGCAUGAAUUACGGUCCUUUCAGUGUGCUUGCGUAUGACGUUUCUGUGAAUUCUUGGUUCAACAUUCAAGCUCCAAUGAGGAGGUUUCUGCGUUCGCCGAGCCUGCUGGAGAGCCGGGGGAAACUGAUCCUCGUGGCGGCGGUGGAGAAGAGCAAGCUGAAUGUGCCAAAGAGCCUGCGGCUGUGGUCCCUGCAGGGCUGCGGCUCGACGUGGGUCGAAAUCGAGAGGAUGCCGCAGCAACUUUAUGCUCAGUUUGCGGAGAUGGAAAGCAGCAACGGAUUCGAUACCGUUGGCCAUGGGGAUUUCAUUGUGCUUGUGAUUAAAGGGUCCAGUAGGGCCUUACUGUUUGAUAUUUCUAUGAAGAGGUGGCAGUGGGUGCCUCCGUGUCCUUAUCUCCACGGUGGCUGCGGCGGCAACGGUGGUUAUGGAGGGGAAGGUGAGUUGCAUGCCUUUGCUUAUGAGCCGAGACUCGCAACUCCAGUGACUGGACUGCUUGAUCAGUUGGCACUUCCAUUUCAGUCCUUUGGUGGUUAA